AUUUCAUUAUAUAUUUCAAGAGUGUAGUUUUAAUUAAUUUAAAGCAAGAUAAAAUGGCACAGCUUCAAAGGGUUGAAGGCCAAACACAGCUCAAAUGCGAUGCUGACAAGUUCUUUGAUGUUUGGGCUCGCAAAACAUUCCUUGUUUCCAAAAUGUGUCCUCAAAAAUUUCCAAAAAUUGAGCUGAAAAAUGGAUCUUGUUGGGAUAAAGUAAAUUCUGUUUAUGUUUGGAACUAUGCCAUUUGUGAUAUUGGUGAAAAGGCGAAAGUGAAGACUAGAGUUGAAGAGGUAGAUGAAGAAAACAGGUUCGUGAGGUAUAGCUAUCACGGUGGACUUAUCAUGAAGAAGUAUUACAAGACUUUUAAUUCCAAGAUUCAAGCAACCCCAAAUUGUGAGGGUUGUAGUGUGAAGUGGAGUUUUGAGUAUGAGAAGAUGAGGGAGGAUGCUCCUGAACCAAAUAUGUACAUUGAUUUUCUGCUUGCCACCGCAAGGGAUGUCGGUGCUUGUCUUUGCGAUGCUUGAUUAUCAACAUACCAGGUUACCGUAUGUGUUCAUUGUGCAAUCGGAUGUACAAGAAUAUAAAAAAUUUCUGAUGACGACUAUUAUAUAUAUUGGUUGUAACUUUUGAUUCCAAAGCUUACAUGCAUAACAUGCAUAUAUGUUGUUUUAUACCCUAUAAAUAAAGGAACUUUCCGCUA